CCGAAUUGUUCGCCAGUUCUUUCUUCGGUACGGACGGAAUUCCGCAAUCCGCUCAGCACUCCAGCGCCAUCACAGGACAGAGUCUCUGUGUGUAACAAUUGACGAAAAGUAUCACAAAACGAAAUGUUCCGCUUGCCAACAGUUUUGCGUGUGAGCGCCGCCCGGCAGGUGGCCGCCAGCCGUGGCUACGCCAAGGAUGUCCGCUUUGGGCCGGAAGUGCGAGCCCUCAUGUUGCAGGGUGUCGAUGUGUUGGCUGAUGCCGUCGCCGUCACAAUGGGACCGAAGGGUCGCAAUGUUAUAUUGGAACAAAGCUGGGGCUCGCCAAAGAUCACGAAGGACGGUGUAACGGUGGCGAAGGGAAUCGAGCUAAAGUGCAAAUUCCAGAAUAUCGGCGCGAAGCUGGUGCAGGAUGUGGCGAACAACACGAACGAGGAGGCCGGUGACGGAACCACGACGGCCACCGUGCUGGCGCGAGCCAUCGCCAAGGAGGGUUUCGAGAAGAUCUCGAAGGGUGCCAAUCCGAUCGAGAUCCGACGCGGUGUUAUGCUGGCCGUGGACACCGUCAAGGAACACUUAAAGACGCUGUCGCGCAAAGUGAACACACCGGAGGAGAUCGCACAGGUGGCCACCAUUUCGGCGAACGGUGACCGUGCGAUCGGCGAUCUGAUCAGCGAGGCCAUGAAGCGCGUUGGCAAGGAGGGCGUGAUCACGGUGAAGGACGGCAAGACCCUCAACGACGAGCUGGAAGUGAUCGAGGGCAUGAAGUUCGACCGUGGCUACAUCUCGCCGUACUUCAUCAACUCGAGUAAGGGUGCCAAGGUGGAGUUCCAGGAUGCGCUCGUACUGUUCUCAGAGAAGAAGAUCUCGACCGUGCAGUCGAUCAUCCCGGCCCUCGAGCUGGCCAACCAGCAGCGCAAACCGUUGGUGAUCAUCGCGGAGGACGUUGACGGCGAGGCCCUCAGCACGCUGGUCGUCAACCGGUUGAAGAUUGGUCUGCAGGUGGCCGCCGUGAAGGCGCCCGGUUUCGGAGACAAUCGCAAAUCGACGCUCUCCGAUAUGGCGAUCAGUACGGGAGGUAUCGUGUUUGGCGAUGAUGCCAACCUGGUGAAGCUCGAGGACGUACAGCUAUCCGACCUGGGACAGGUCGGCGAAAUUACCAUCACCAAAGACGACUGCCUGUUGCUCAAGGGUCGUGGCACGCAGGAAGACGUGAAUCGCCGGGCGGAUCAAAUCCGUGAUCAGAUCGCGGAAACGACCUCGGAGUACGAGAAGGAGAAGCUACAGGAGCGCCUGGCACGCCUGUCAUCCGGUGUGGCCGUACUGAAGGUGGGUGGUUCGAGCGAGGUGGAGGUGAACGAGAAGAAGGAUCGCGUGAAUGAUGCGCUGUGCGCGACUCGGGCGGCUGUCGAAGAGGGAAUCGUCCCCGGUGGUGGCACCGCACUGAUCCGCUGCUCGCCGGCAUUGGCAAACUUGAAGGGAUCGAACGUGGAUCAGGACACAGGCAUCGAGAUCGUGCGUCGGGCCCUGCGGAUGCCGUGCACACAGAUUGCCAAGAACGCCGGCGUUGACGGUUCGGUCGUGGUGGCGAAGGUGGAGGAGCUGCAAGGAGACUUCGGUUACGAUGCCCUCAACAACGAGUACGUCAACAUGAUCGAGAAGGGUAUCAUCGAUCCGACGAAGGUCGUACGGACGGCACUGUCCGAUGCCUCGGGUGUCGCUUCGCUGCUGACCACGGCUGAGGCCGUUGUGACGGAGAUUCCAAAGGAGGAACCGGCUGGCGGACCAAUGGGCGGCAUGGGAGGUAUGGGUGGAAUGGGAGGAAUGGGUGGCAUGGGAGGCAUGAUGUAAGCUCCACCACUGGGGCCAGUGAAAGAAGUUUUACCUUGUUCCGGAAAUGAAGCUGCGCCGGAAGAGUUGGGUUCGUCAAAAAGUCCUAGCAAACUCUACCAACGACGACCAAUCUCUUCGGGCAUGCACCUUCGUAUCGCGGGAAAGGAACCGACACUCAAUGCAUUUAUUACCACCCCACAAUUCCGUUCAACCUCCAUAGAAAAGACGCCAAAAAGUAUCUCUCAAGCCGCCGGCGUUCUUAGAACUUACGACUAUAGGACAGACAGAGAGAGAGA